UUUUUUUUUCUUUUUCUUUUUUUCUUUCCCGGUUUAAAAUAAAUAAAAAAUUGAAAUGGGCUGCUGUGCAUCCGUCGAAGAACCUGAUAAUGCUGGAAGGCUUAGAAAUGAAGAGAUUGAUGGUCAGCUUCGCAUGGAAAAAUUAAACAAUAAGAACGAAGUCAAACUUUUACUUCUUGGUGCUGGUGAAUCAGGAAAGUCAACUAUUCUAAAGCAGAUGAAGCUCAUCCAUGAUGGUGGAUUCACUCAAGAAGAAAAAGAGGCGUACAGAGAAAUUAUCUUUAGUAACGCCAUCCAGUCUAUUCAAGUUUUAUUGGAAGCCAUGGAAAAUCUCGAUAUUAAUCUCGAUAAUCCAGAAAAUCGUGAUUAUUUUGAGUUUAUUAUGGAUCAAAAACAACAGUUCAAUGACACUUAUUCUUUGUCACCCGAGGUAGUCAAGGGCAUUAAACAUUUGUGGGAGGAUGCUGGUGUCCAAGAAGCACAUAGAAGAAGAAAUGAAUUCCAACUGAAUGAUUCAGCUUCAUACUACUUUGAUUCUAUUGAGCGUAUAGGUGAUCCAAAUUAUUUACCUACCGAUCAAGAUGUACUGCGUUCACGUGUUAAGACUACUGGAAUUGCUGAAACUAAAUUUGUGUUUGGUACACUGACCUACCGAAUGUUUGAUGUGGGUGGCCAGCGCUCUGAGCGUAAAAAGUGGAUCCACUGCUUUGAAGAUGUUACUGCUAUUAUCUUUUUGGUAGCCAUUUCAGAAUAUGAUCAAGUCUUAAUUGAAGACGAGUCUGUUAAUCGAAUGCAAGAAGCCUUGACCUUGUUUGACUCUAUCUGUAACUCAAGAUGGUUUGAAAGAACUUCAACUAUUCUUUUCCUCAACAAGACAGAUUUGUUUAAACAGAAAUUAGCGUACAGUCCAUUGGAAGAGUAUUUCCCAGAUUACAAAGGAGGUGAUGACUAUGAAAAGGCGAGCAAAUAUAUCAUGCAACGCUUUGUUUCUUUGAAUUCCUCAGCCGAGAAGCAAGUCUACACACAUUUAACUUGUGCUACUGAUACAGAGCAAAUUAGAUUUGUCAUGACAGCUGUAAACGAUAUUAUCCUUCAAGCAAAUUUGCGAGAUAAUGGUCUUAUUUAAAGCAAAUACCCUUUCAUACCUUAUAUAUAUAUAAUAUUCUUUAAUACUAAAAUAAAAAUGGUUGCUU